UUUGAGGUUUGGGAGAAAAAGCGAAGCUUCAGCGACGUGCCGUUUGUCGUCGGGACGACGGAGCAGGAGGCAGACUUCAGUCCUCCAGCUGGGAACAUCUCUGAGUGGACCUGGGGGGACUACAGCUGGUUUGUAACAGAAAAGCUCCAGUCCUUCGGUCCGGGUCUCCCUAAAGACGCUCUGGACCUGUACCCGUCCUCGGCCCCCUGCCCCACCACAGUGCGCUGUCCGGAGAGGGCCUUCACCACCAUGGUGUCUGACAUCAGGGUCACCUGUCCCAACAACGACCUGGCCAGGAGGGCCGCAGCGGCUCUCAGCUCUCCGGUGUAUCGGUACGUUGUGACCCACACGCCCUCCGGACCCGUCAACACGUCCAACGGCCUGCUGCCGUUUCCCAGCCGCUUCUCCUUCCACUGCCUGGAUGUUCUGGCGUUCUUUGGAGGACUGGACCGCUUCCUGGCCAAACCUCUGUCUCCACAGGACCGCAGCUUCCAGCAGCUCUUCACUCACCACCUGGUCAACUUCGCCAAAACAGGGAGGAUGGAGGCGGCGUGGCCGGAGUACCCAUCAGCCAUUGCUCUGCUGUCGGAGAAGCUGGAGGUGAAGAAGAACCACUCGUCCACUCGCUGUGAGCUGUGGGAGAAGAACGGUCUGUUCGCCUACGCCUGGAUGAACUGAGCUGCUGGUUCCACGCCCUCAUCCUGCUGCUGUAACGUUCUCCACCCUAACAGACAUUUUUCAGCUUAAAUUCCUCGUUUGUUGUGAUUUUUGACGCUUAUGAACCAGUUCAGCUGAUGGUAGUUUAACAGUCCGACCGGAUCUGUUGGGAGUUUAAAAAAACAUGACGGAUGUUUCUGGGAUGUGAAUUCAUGCUUCAGUCUGCCUGAUGGAGCUGGAGACCAAAGAAAAUGAGAGAAUUCAGGUGGAGAAGUUUAAAAUGGUGACAGAAAUAAUAAUAAUUUCAGAUCCAUAAAGGGAAAAAAACGAUCAAAACUCUUCCAACCACUAUGACUCGUCAUCAUGUUGGUUUCAGCUGGUUUUCUACCUGUAAAGGGGAGUUAGUUCAGCUAGAAAUGACUUCAGCUGCUGUUUGCUGCUUCCUACAAACAAACUGAGCCAAGCUGAGAGUUUUAGGGUUUAAAUCCUUGAAGACGGACCAAUCAGAUCUUCAUGUUUUAUGUUUUUUUUUACUUCAUUUUAGAUCAGAAUUUACAUUUUCCAACAUUGUUUAAAAGAAAUAAAACAUUCUUGUCCCAUCAGGAAUCAAAUCAUAUUGAAAAACCCAGCAUUAACUACCCUGCCUGGCCUGUAGGUGGCGACAACUCGGCUGCAGCUCAGUGACGUUUUAUUCACAUUUUUUGCAAAUUAAAUGCAACAAAGCUCCACCUCAACCACCCCAGAAACAAAUCCCUAAACAAGUACAUUCAUAAAUUACUGAAUUAUUUUUUUUCAAAAGACACAGAAAGUAAAUUUAAUUUAAAAAAAUACUUUAAGACUGCUGUUGGAUCUCCUGUAGCAGCCUGUGUUACAGUGGGGUGAAGAAGCCUCUGACUGAAGAUGCUUUGUUGAAAAGCUUUCAGAAGUAAAAAUAGACAUGAAAUAAUAUCCAAAAGACUUAAAAAUAUAUGAACUCUUGAUACAAUUUCACCUUUUGGUGAAAGUUGAAAUGUUGGUUGGUGCUUCACACCUGCUCUCCGUCUCGGCCCUCUGCCUUCGUCCCUCCCGUAUCACAGGCAUGGCAGUGGAGAGACAGAUAAAAAUAAGGAAAUAAAUUGUUCAAACAAAAAUAAAAACAGGUCAGAAUAAUAAGUACGUGUGAAAAGAAUUUAAAACUUCAGGCAGAUCUUUCAGGGUUGACGUCUAAAAAUCUGCAUCUCUAUUACUUUUUAUAUUUUCUUCCAAUAAAUUUUUGAAAUUAUACUUUAGUUGGAAUUUGUAAUUUUCCCCCCUCAGAGUUGAUCAUCUUCUCUUUGUACAUAUCUUUGUCUGCUGCUGAGUGACCAAAGCAGAAGCAACAUAAAGUUUUUGUAACAUAUUUUAGUAACUAACCAUGUUGAGACAUGAAACUCCUUCCUGACUUUAACCUCUAAAGUUUCUGUCAAACAUUUAAUGCAUUAUUAAUCAAGCUGUGACAAAAAUCAAAUUACUUUGUUCUUGUACAACAAAGUUAAAAAAUCCCAAAGCAUGACACUGUCACCACCGUGCUUCAAUGUGAGUGUAGCGUUGCCAUGGUGAUUAGCGCUACGUUUGGGCAGCAGGUUGAAAAGCUUCCUUUCCUCCUUUCUUUCUCCUGUUGGGUUAAAACUUGUUUUAUGGUCUGUCCCGCCUGCUGGUUGACCUUUGACCUCUCAGAUUCAUGCCCUCCCCUUCAGCCCAGGAGUUUCAUAGCUUUGCCCUUUCACACCAGGCGUCCAGCUGUUCUAUUUUCUUGUUUUUCUAGAUUUUUUGUAGCUCUAGGAGACGUUCAGAGAGCUGAUUUAUGAUCCAACCUGACCUGCAUCUCAGCAGAACUUUGUCCCCGACCCGUUUGGAGAGUUUAAAUCAUUUGCAUUUCACUUUUACUGAAUUUAUUUUGGAUUUGUUCGUUGUAAAAACAGCAGGGAGUGAAAGCAUGUCAGUAUUUCUUAUCUGUCAUCGAAAUGGAUUUUGUAUUUUUAACAGAAAUGUUUGGCAGCCGUUUCUGACGUCAUAAAAAUGAGGCAAAAUUUAACUUUUCAUAGGAUAACAUAGGAGUAAAUAUUGUGUGUGAAAUAUUAAAGGUUUUGGGAAUUUUUUUGCACUUUGCAGAGAACAAAUCACUUUUUUAAUGUUUGUAUUUUCCUGUUUUAACACAUUCCUGGUGUCUGUUGCUUUAAAUUGUUUAAUGAUGUGUUUGUGGUUUUCAAUCAUGUCUUAUUUUGUGUUUUAUGGGAGUUUCACCUUUUUAUAUGAUCAAUAAAUGGACAUAAUGUGAAA